GCCCGCCCUCCGUCUCCGCCCAUCACCCGGGCAUCGGGUCUGCCCCUUUUGGCCGUGCCAGUCUCUGGAAUGGUGAAACUGGGAGUCGCCUCGGGACCCGAGAGCCUCGCUUGGGCCAGCAUCAGCUGCAUGCCUGACCCCUCUGGGAAACACAAGAAGGGGAAGAAGAAGAUGUGGGAACAAAAGAAGUCGCAGAGCCUGGAGGAACCCAUUGCUGAGGGACUCCAAAAUGGGACCAAUCCCCCCUUAUCACGAUCCAAAACCUGUGACCUGUCUUUCUCCAAAGAGGUAGAAAAGGAAUCCGGUUCCACCCAGCACAGAAACUCCAUCACCAAUCUGAUGAAGCAUUCUGUGAACUUCCACCGGGCCUUUAAAGACCUUCCUGAAGAGGAGGUGCUCCUGGACACCUUCUCAUGUGCUUGGCAGCGGGAAGUGCCCUACCAUGGCCGCCUGUACAUUUCCCAUGAUCAUGUCUGCUUCUACUGUAGCAUGCUUCGGCGCGAAGUCAAGGUCAUCAUUCCCAUAGUAACCAUUAGCAUCCUCAAGAAGGCCAACACGGCUCUGUUGGUACCCAACGCUAUCAGCAUCCGAACAGCUGAGGGUGAGAAGUUUGUGUUUGGAUCAUUGCGGUCACGAGAAACCGCUUACCAGCUCCUGCGUUCUCUUUGUAAACAUCUGCAGGAUGGCAGCCGGAAUCCUAGUCCAACCAGAACUCCCAACAACUCUGAGCAUCUCCUCAAGAUAUCUCUGACCUCAAGGCAGCUGGACCACAACCCAGCAGCAGAGGAUGAAAUGCUUCCCGAGGAGUCUGAUGGAGGGAGCGAACCACAGAAGCUCUCACGAACAUCUGCUGAGAUGCUGGCCGCCACCAGCAGAGGCAGGGAACCCCCUAAAAAGUCUCUGAAGAGCUGGUGGUCCCACCUCAGCCCCUUCAACGUGGUCAUCCUUAUCUACCUCUUCUUGGUGGUGGUCCUCCUUCUCUCCUCGGGAUACAUCGGUCUGCGCAUCGUCCAGCUGGAGGAGCAGCUGACCUCGAUGGGGGCCUGGCCAGAACUGGACCUGCAACAGCAGUACAAAGCAAGCUGAGGCAGGCUGGAUCCGGCCCCUGCUGGGGGUCUUGCAUGAAACUUUUGCCUGUUGUCUUUCCUGCUGGUUGAGGGGGGGGCUCCAUCCUCUAAAAGUUCAGUUUGUGGAAGAAACUCCACAGGUUUUGUUAGAAGCCGAAUGUUAACGUCCGGUGAAACAAGGCUACCGUUUCUUUUUGAGAUGUACUUCAGGGAUACCUUCAUAACACACCAGCUCCAAGGUCUUUUCUCCUGGAUAGCAGAGAUAAAUUUGGGCUACCUCCUCAGCUACCAAAGAUGGAAUGAGAAGAACGUGAAGAGCAGCCUGAAGACUGAAUCAGACACUGUAUUUGGCGUAUGCGUUGAUGAAUAAGGUCUCAAAUGGAUUUUUAAAAAUUAAAAACAGACUGAUGGAGAACUUUGAUUUGGACUAGGACCAAAGAAGGGGGAUGCUCAUUUUUCCACUCCCCCUGUUGUUUUCUGGCCUGAGACAGCUGUUUGCUCCUUCGGGGCAAAACUUACACAUCCUGAAAUUGGCUUUAACGUCACUUUUUUGGGGAGUACAAAAGUUUCUCGUUUUUAUAGAGAGUUACAACAUCUGAAGUUCUUCCUUAGCCCAAACAAAACCCCAACAUAAUAGUUUGGAAGUUUUCCCAAGAGCAUUCAUACACUGGCAAGUUUUUGGAAAACCCAUCCUUCCAAAUGUGGCAAUUGGAUCAGUUUUACUAAGAUACUCAUAAUGGCUAAAAGUGGAGCCUCUGUGUUCAGAGACAGUCUACCUCUGGCAACAUGUAGGGGGAGUCUGGCACCUUCAAACUUCGCUGGUGCCCUUUCCCAAGACAGCUGCCUGGCCACUCUGAUGGUUGACUCCUUGGCCUUUUGUGAUUCAGCACACAGACGUAUUAUUGCUGCAUCUGCUAUUGAGAGAUUUGGCUAAACUAGUGAAGAGGAACAGUAUUUUGAAACAGAGGGUGUGGUUUGCUCUCUUGCAGCAAGAGGUUGGGGAGUGAAUUGAAUGUGUUCAGUUGUGUUAAAUCCAACCCUAUUUGGAAGAUUAAA